AUGAAGAUAUUUUUAGUUGUUGUGCUUUCUUCACUCAUAGUGUCCAUCCUUGCUGAUGAGGAGGCUCCACCGGACAGCGCCCUGCCAAGCCUGACUGAUACCCCAGCAGCAGAAGCCUUCAUCAACUCAGACGAUGUUGCCGUGAUCGGCUUCUUUGAGGGAGAGGAGAGCUAUGGCUAUAAGGAGUUUUUGGAAGCCGCUAAAGAGGUGAAGCCCAUCCCAGUGGCCGUGUGCAGUGAUAAGGAAGUGUGGACCAACUACAGAAUUGAGUCAGACACCAUCGCCAUCUUCAGAAAGGUGGAUGUGGCCCAAGAGAAUCUGCGGCUUUCGGAUGCAAAGAAAGUGGAUGCUGAUGGAUUGACACGCUUCAUCAAAAUGAAUAACAUCCGCUAUUUAACAGAAUACAAUCAAGUGACUGCCGUGGGCCUGUUUCAGUCUCAGGUGAAGACGCAUAUCCUGCUCUUCGCCAACAGGGGGAGUUCUGACUACUCCGCGCUGCAGAAGAAGCUGGGGGCUUUGGCUCCAGACUUCAGUGGAAAGUUCCUCUUCGUCCUGGUGAAUGGGGCAGUGAAAGGUAACGCCCGCUCCCUGGAAUACUUUGGCCUGGUGUCACGUGACCUGCCGCGCGUGGGCCUCUACGACAGCGACCUGGACAAGAAGUGGCUCAUGCCGAAGGGGAAGAUCACCAAAGACGGCGUGCGUGCGUUCUGCCAGUCCUUCCUGGAUGGAAAACUCCAGGAAACAAAAGAAGCGGGCGAACCCGAAGCUAAAACCGAGCUCUGAGAAUACUGUCUAAUCUGAAUAAAAACCUUUUUACUGUGAAAACAUAA